AUGAAGGUUGGUGUGAUUAACACCCAUCACUCCUAUAUAAAUGUUCCCAGGCCAGCAGUACAGGAUGCUGAUGUGGGCGUAGGAAGGAUAGAGAAUGGGAACAGGAGGUCUCUGGCUGAAGCGUAUGAUAGUUCAUCCAUAUUACAAACACAGGAGCAUGGGGACAGCUGCAGUGGUUAUUCUUCCACAAACAACUCACAGGCACUGAAAAGAGUGCUACAGAGAAUACCCUACUUUUUGGUUACCUUAAAAGACUGGGAGAAGACGAUUUCCGAUGAAGGCUGCCAAACCUCAGACUCUUUCUUGGAAAAAAUUCAAGGUCCACAGCUAAGAUGGAGCAAUAAUUGUAAUAAUCAGAAUCUCUGUGAUGAAAUAUCAGAAGAAAUCAUGGAACAGCACCUACCUAGUGCCAUUGCACAGUACAAUGUUAACAACAACAGUAAUAAAGAUGAAGAAAAAAAGAAAAAAGAAAAGAAGAGCAAGUCUGAUGGUAAAAAGGAAAAGGAAAAGAAAAAGGACACAGAAAUGCAAAAGAACAAGGAAAAACACAGAAAUAAAGAUAAGCAUAAGAAGAGAGACAAGAAAGAGAAGGAGAAGAAAGAUCUUUUUGUUAUUGAUCCAUCAGGAAAUUUGUAUUAUUACUGGCUGUUUUGCAUCACAUUACCUGUCAUGUACAACUGGACCAUGAUCAUUGCUAGAGCCUGUUUUGAUGAACUUCAGAACGACCAUUUAGGAAUGUGGUUCAUUUUUGAUUAUAUAUCAGAUAUAAUCUAUAUUGCUGAUAUGUUUGUACGGACAAGAACAGGUUACCUGGAGCAAGGUCUGUUGGUGAAAGAAGAACUUAAACUUAAACAGAAAUAUACAGGAACUUUACAAUUUAAACUAGAUCUACUGUCAGUCAUACCAACUGAUCUACUGUACUUUAAAUUAGGUCUGAACUAUCCAGAAUUAAGAAUAAACAGAGUACUUAAAGUAUCUCGUAUGUUUGAGUUCUUCCAGCGAACAGAAACAAGGACAAACUAUCCAAAUAUCUUCAGGAUCUCCACUCUUGUCAUGUAUAUAGUGAUUAUUAUUCACUGGAAUGCGUGUGUGUACUAUUCUAUCUCCAAAGCCAUUGGAUUUGGGACAGACACAUGGGUCUAUCCAAACACCUCUGAUCCUGAAUUUGCCCGUCUGGCUAGAAAAUAUGUAUAUAGCCUCUACUGGUCGACGCUGACCUUGACCACUAUUGGGGAAACACCUCCUCCUGUAAAGGAUUCUGAGUACUUCUUUGUGGUUGUUGACUUCUUGGUUGGGGUGUUGAUCUUUGCUACUAUUGUUGGUAACAUUGGUUCUAUGAUCUCCAAUAUGAAUGCAGCCAGAGCAGAGUUUCAAGGAAGGAUUGAUGCUAUCAAGCAAUAUAUGCACUUUCGAAAUGUGAAUAAAGAAAUAGAAAAAAGAGUUAUUAAGUGGUUUGACUAUUUGUGGACAAAUAAAAAGGCAGUGGAUGAACGAGAAGUUUUAAAAUAUCUACCAGAUAAAUUAAGAGCAGAGAUCGCAAUCAGUGUUCAUCUGGACACAUUAAAGAAAGUUCGAAUUUUUGCAGAUUGUGAAGCUGGCUUGUUAGUUGAACUAGUCUUGAAACUGCAGCCUCAAGUCUACAGUCCAGGAGAUUACAUCUGCCGAAAGGGGGACAUUGGACGAGAGAUGUACAUUAUCAAAGAAGGUAAACUUGCUGUAGUAGCUGAUGAUGGAAUUACACAAUUUGUGGUUCUAAGUGAUGGCAGCUACUUUGGGGAGAUUAGCAUCCUUAAUAUCAAAGGCAGCAAAGCUGGCAAUCGAAGAACAGCCAACAUUAGAAGCAUUGGAUACUCAGACUUAUUUUGUCUAUCUAAAGAUGACCUCAUGGAGGCUUUAAUAGAGUACCCAGAUGCAAAGGCCCUGCUGGAAGAGAAAGGUAAGGAAAUCUUGCUGAAGGAUGGGUUACUGGAUAUAAAUGUUGCAAAUACAGGAAGUGACCCUAAAAACAUUGAAGAAAAGGUCAUUCAAAUGGAAGGAGCAGUGGACAACUUACAAACAAAGCUUGCCAGGCUGUUGGCUGAGUAUGAUGCCACACAGCAGAAACUGAAAAAACGACUGACACAGGUUGAGAAAAUACUGAAAUCAACUAUGCAGUUUGAAUUCUCAGAUUUAGAAGAAUUAGAUAAAUAA